GCGCGAGCAGUUGAAAAACAGUUGGUGUCGGUCCCGCUAAGUUCCGACUCGGAGGUCCCAGCGCUCCUCCAUGGCAGACUCCGGGGAGGUGCGGGUUUCUUCGCAGUCCCCGCCGCCUCCCUUCUCUCCCUCGUCUUCUGACGCCUCUUCAACAUCUUCCCCCGGCGUCCCAGUGAGUCUGGACUGGCCACUUCCAAGCAGGAGCAGCGGCCGAACGGCGGGCGGGCUGGAGGAAGUGGAGCUGCAGAUCGGAGACGCAGCAUUUUCAUUAACCAAACUCCUUGAAGCCACAUCUGCAGUAUCAGCUCAAGUGGAAGAGCUUGCCUUGAAAUGUUCAGAAAAUGCACGUUUCCUUAAAACAUGGCGGGACCUCUUGAAAGAAGGCUAUGAUUCUUUGAAGCCUGACAACUGAUUUGGCUGCAGAAUAAUGCACACCUUCUCAUUUAUGAUAUUUUCAUAUGUACCAUAUACUUAGGAUAAUCUCCAGUAGUUCUGUAUACUCAAAAUGAAAUUUUUCUUGGUUUUCUUCACUUUUGUGAAAGAAUACUGAUGUUAUUUUUGAUGCUGGCUAGUAUUUGUUUACCUUAAAUACUUUCUGUCUAAACUUUCAUAGAAUUUUUUAUGAAAGUUAAUUUCAUCAGUAGACAAUAAUACCACAGUGUUACCAGGAGCAAAUUAGGUAGAACACUAUUUGAUUUGCAAGAAGAUGCUAAGAAUGGCAGAGUUUGAAGUUGAGCUUCAUUUUAUGGACCAAGGAAGGUAACUUUAAGGUUAAUUUUAGAUCCAGCUCCAUUAGGCUAAGUUUUCUAGAUCAAUCACUGUAUCUUACUUCCAUAUCCCUACCACCUAGAACAGUGUCACAUAAAAGUCAACCUUGUGGACUUGAAGGAAAAUGUUCUCUUUUUUUUUAUGGAGAUUUGAACUUGAACUGAUUACAGCAUUUAAAAAUAUAUGAUUGCCCUUCUAUGAUGCUUUUUAAA